CGGCUACAAUGGCUAUCAGACCACAAACGGCUGUCUAAUCCACUCCUAUAAAUUCCCUCUCUCUCUCAAGCUUUCUCUCAAGCUCUCUCUCAUGGCAUCCAUUUCAUCUCCUCGCUUCUCUUCUCCCUCCUCCCAACCCGACCAAAACCCUAGAAGAUCCCUCUCCAAAAGCUCUAGAUUCCUCGCUCCGCCACCGUCAAAAACCUUCCCUGCCUCCUCCAGACCUUCGAACCCCUCAUUCUGCCGCUGCCAGAAUCGAUCUGACUCUCGAUCUCCCUACGACGAUUUUAUCCGCCCCAGGUUGGAUUCCCUGCAGGAUGCUGCCAGGAAUGCCUUCAAAUGGUGGAACGACAACCUGAAUCCAUACCGGAGCCCGUCAAAGGAUUGUGUCGGCGCUGACGUGGCAGGGGAUGGGAAGGCGAAGGAGAAGGACGUCGGAGAUUGGGAUUGGGAUCGAUGGAAGCGGCAUUUCGAUGAGGUUGAAGAGCAGGAGAAGAUUGUCUCGGUUUUGAAGUCCCAGUUAAGCGAUGCCGUUCAUCGAGAGGAUUAUGAAGAUGCUGCUAAGCUCAAAGUUGCAAUCGCUGCAGCAGCAAGAAACGAUAUUGUGGGCAGAGCAAUUUCUUGCCUCAAUAGAGCUGUAGAAGAAGAACGCUACCAGGACGCAGCGUUUAUCCGGGACCAUGCUGGUGCUGGAUUGGUGGGUUGGUGGGCUGGCAUAUCGGAGGAUUCAACUGAUCCUUAUGGUCGAAUUAUCCAUAUACGUGCUGAACAUGGAAGAUAUGUGGCAAGAAGUUAUAGUUCCCGGCAGCUAGCUACAGCCACACCUGGUGUUCCUCUGUUUGAAGUUUUUAUUACUGCAAAUGAUGAAGGAGAAUACAAACAGCAGGCAGUCUACUUGAAACGGAAUAGAGGAAACUCGGGAGACUUUCUAACCAAAUCCUCGAAACCAUCCGCCAUGGGCAGUCUGAACUCCUCAACUGAGUUAGCUGAAGGAGAGACUGAUUUAUCUGCUAGAAGUAGUGGUGAUUUAGAAGAAGGUGAAGAGAGGGAUGAUGAUUCUGAUGUGGUGGAGGAACGGGCUGGUAUACAGAGUAUCCUGCGGGAUAUGAUUCCUGGUUUUAAGGUCAAUUCCGUGAAAGUAGUGGCAUCAGGAAAGUUAGAUACAGAUCUCGUCUUUAAGGCGUUUGAACAGGAUUCAGAGGAAGAAGAUGAAGAAAAGGAUGUAGAGUUAGAGAGUAUAGAGCCUGAUGAUGAACUUAAAGCAGAGAGUGAUGGAGAUGAAAUUGAAAUGGAUGCUGGAGGUGGGGUUAGUGACACUAGUGAAGAGGGAAGAGCAAUGGUGGUAAAAAUUGUAAUUGGAGAUCUUGCACAAAGAUUAUCAAAUAAUAUGCCUCCUAAAGACUUACUCAGGGUACCCGCAAGGCUAGAGAAAAGGGGCCGCUUAUCAUUUUUGUUUUCUAUAAAGAAAGAUGAGAAUCGGCAGGAAGCUGAUGGGAAAGGGCAAAAAUCUAUAGAGAAAAGUACUAAACUUCCAGGUCAACGCAGUAUUGACCAUGUUAUGUCUGAUCUUGCUAAGGUCCUCAUUAGUAGGGAGAAGAUCCCUGCAAAGGUGCUUAAAGAUGUUGAAGAAUUGAUAAAUCUCACCCUUAGUCAGGCUCAAAACCGCCAACCUCUUUCUGGAGCGACAGUUUUUAAUCGCAUUGAGAUACCACCAACCUCAGAUCCUCUCAAUGGACUAUACAUGGGUGCUCACGGACUUUACACGUCAGAAAUCAUUCAUUUGAGACGAAAGUUUGGGCAAUGGCAAGAGGAUGGCAGGACUAAGAAGUCCCCAGAUUUGGAAUUUUACGAGUAUGUUGAGGCUUUGAAAUUAACAGGGGAUCCUUAUGUACCGGCUGGACAGGUAGCAUUCCGUGCUAAGGUCGGCAAGCGAAAUCAGCUGCCUCAUAAAGGGAUCAUCCCUGAAGAAUUUGGAGUGGUUGCUCGAUAUAGAGGACAAGGCAGGCUUGCAGAACCUGGGUUCCGGAAUCCACGAUGGGUUGAUGGCGAACUUGUAAUUCUUGAUGGAAAGUACAUCAGAGGAGGGCCUGUUGUUGGAUUUGUGUAUUGGGCUCCUGAAUACCAUUUCUUGGUGUUCUUCAAUCGUUUGAAGCUCCAAGAUUAGAUUCUCAGUGCACAUGGAGUAAGGGUGAAUUCGUGCUCAGAUAAGUUGCAGGGUAAGUAAUUCCUGCUUUCAGAUACACGCAACUAUUCUGAUGCCUUCUUUACAAUGGGAGGUAUGCAUUUGCUUCAAUGGAACUUCAGAUGUGAUGCACAAAUGAAUUGCCCGAAGCUUAGAAGCACCCCGUGUUUGGCAAGUUUGAUUGUCUUGACUUAAUUUGAAAUUCAUCUACAGUUGGAAAAACUCACUUGAUUUUGUUAUUGAUCUGGUCACUUUCAAACCAAGGGCAACCUCUGCCCUUUGCGUUAGUAAUGUAAACCCACCCAUCCUGGUUGAUAGAUGCACACUUCUCUUUGAAGUUCUACUAAAUUACUAAUAUACAACCAAUAGUUUGAAAAGAAACAGUGUAUCUGUUAGGGUUGGUUAUUUGUUACUGCUAAACCUCUUGUUGUUUGUGAUAUCUGAAACUUGAAAAGAAAUCAAUGCCAAUAACCAAUGCAGAACUCAUUAACGCAUGCUUAGAAUUUAGGAAUUCAGUAAAAUUUUGCUCACAUCUAAUGAGGUUAUCAUUUACAUGAUUUGGCAGUUGUACAUUGACCGGAUGUUCGACAGUCCCCGUGGGGCGGCAUAUCGCUACACAUCAAUAGGCCGGUGCCGAUCGGGCUGACAGGCGUGUACUUGUAAGCACCUCGGAAACUGAAGCUCAUGCAUCAACUGCGUUUUCUCAUCUCCUGGUACUGCUUCCUCCUAUUCCGAUCCUCUGCCCAUCCCACUGUAUAUAGUGCGCCAUGCAUCUUGCUAACCAGUGAAGCAUUUUGAAUUAUGUAGAGUAUGAGAAAUUUCUGGAUCUAUGUUACAAUUUUUAUUUUAUUUUUUUCAAUUUCAUUUUAUGCCUACUUAUAUGGUAGUUUCUCAUGAGAGCUUGAAAAUAUGAUUUUCUUAUGGAAGCCUCCUUUGCAAUUUAUUCCCCAAAACAACUGUACCAAGCAGCGAUGCUAAUAUAAACAACUAAUAAAGCCAAAUAGAGGCAUUGAUUCUGUUUGAGUA